UAUAUCAAUAAUCACAUCAAACACUGUACAUUCAACCGGUUAACUAUACCAACAACACUCAUGGAAAAUGGAGCCUCCGUGGGAAGAAGCUCUUGAUGCAGACGACUCCGAUCUCCAAUCACUGACCCUUCUCCGCCCCUGCAAGCAGCAGCGCCGCCAUGAUGAAUCAAAACCCUCCAUCCAUACCCAUCUUUUCCAAUCUCAAACCCUAGAUUCCUCAAAGUCGCCAUCUGAAACCGUUAACUCUCUUCCUCAAAACAUCACUUCCGCAUAUCAGGCUGAAGCACCGCCUCAUGUUCGUGCAAUUCCAGGCCCUGCUGGCGUUGUUCAGGCUGCGAAGCUCCGUAAAACUCGAGAUAUGGAAAAUAUAUUAGGCCAGGAGGAACAUCCAAUGGCCACACAGGAGUAUAUAAGAAGAGUGGUUGAAAAUCCAGAGGAGGAUGACGAUUUUCAGGGUAGCCCAUGGCUUUCUGCAAUCGAAUUUGUCUAUGCUGAUGAUAUGUUCAAUUCCGUCCCGAAUGCACCUUUGGGCGAUAUAAACAAGUAUCUGAAAAACGGAAAACUUCAUCAGGUUGUUGCUGUUAUCAAGUCUUGUACUUCAAAUGAGCUAGGUGAUCUGAAAGUAACACUAAAAGAUCCUACAGGUGUAGUUUCUGGUACUAUUCAUCACAAAGUGCUAACAGAAGGGGAGUUUGGAAAGGGUAUUUUUGUAGGAUCUGUUUUGAUACUUCAUAAGGUUUCUGUGUUUUCUCCUUCAAGAUCCUCUCAUUAUCUUAACAUUACAAAGAGGAAUUUGGUAAAGGUAUUUUACAAGGAUAAUGGAUCUUCACAAACACAGACAUUUCAUGGAUGUAAAGUCAUAGAUAGAUCUCCUGCUUCUGAUCCUGAACAAGGUGCAACAACAACAAAAUCGGGUCCCACAUCUUCUCUUGAACAAAUAGCAAAAAAGAUGACAAAUGUAACCAAAACAACUACUUAUAGUCAAAUAAAUAAUGAGCAAGAAAAUGUAAGCCCAUUUGUGUCAAGUGGGCCCAAGUCCACAGAAACCUUAAAAGAAUCAAAUCUUAACAUUACAAAGAGGAAUUUGGCAAAGGUAUUUCACAUGGACGAUAAUGGAGUUUCAGAAAAACAAACAUUUCAUGGAAAAUGUAAAAUCAUAGACGCACCUUCUUUUUCUGAUCACGGACAGGGGACAAAAACAACAACAUCGGGUCCCACAUUUCCUCUCGACCAAAUAGCAAAAAAGAUGGCAAAUGUAACCAACAAAACAAGUGUGAAUAUUGUGUCAAAUGGGCCCCACUUCACGGAAACUUUGAAAGAAUCAAAUGUUAUAAAAGGUGGUCUAAAUGAAAAUCCGGGUUUUGGAAACGGGCUAAAGGGAAUGGAUCCGAGUCAAAUUCAAGUCGAACCAACAAUGGUUAGUGGUUCAAUACCGGUUUGGACAGAUGAACAGUUAAAUGAACUCUUUGAUGAUUUUGCGGAUGAUAUGUAAGCACAUGGUUUUGAUCAUCAUUUUUUUGGUAGUUGUUGAUAUAUAGAACGUACAUGAAAUGAAAUCGUUUAUCUUUUUCUGAUGCUAGUAUAAUCAUAUAAUUGAAUCAUUAAGAUGUGAAUGAAUCGAUGCUUGGUCUA